UAAUGAAACCUGAUGAUAAAUCACUAACAGUAAAUUUACAAGAGGAUGGAGUGAUGACAUGGAGUCAGUAUCAUGUAUGUCUCAGUAGACCAUCAGUAGAUCUAUGUAAGGAGGUAAUCAGUAAACUGAAGGAGAAACAUAGGUGCAUUUUACUCAACUACCCAUCAUCUGACAGUAUACAGGUCCUAAUACCAACUGUAUUGGAGAGAGGAACAAUAAAUGACCUUAAUAUAUACUACUCAUUAUUAUCACGUGAUGAUGUCCUCUCAUUCUCUUCUCAACUAUCAACCAACAAAUCAUUAACAACUCUAACCCUAACUACUGGUUCAAUGAGUGAUGAUGGAGUCAUUGCACUAGCACAAUCACUACAAUAUAAUAAAACACUUCAAUUCUUAUAUCUUGAAUUCAAUCCUGGCAUCACUUCAGCUUGUGCUCAGUCACUGGCCGAACUUUUACUCACUAACAACACACUUUAUGAACUUAAUCUCCACCAUACUAACAUUGAUACUGAUGGAGUAAUGAUACUAAUGGAAUCACUCAAGACCAAUAAUACACUAUGGAAACUCUGGCUAGACAAACAACAUGAAGAACCUUGUUCUACUUUACCUUAUUAUGAGCAUAUUAGAGACAGAUUACAUUUUGUGUAAAGAUAAGAAAAUAUAUUAUAAAAUCAGACCCUAACCUUGUCAUACUGUAUAAUAUUUAUGCUGCUGUAGUUUCUUUGAGUUUUAUUUUUACCAUUUUCAUGUUUCAUGUAUUAA